UUCAGUGCCUUUUCCCACUCCUCUCCGUGACGCUGUUUCUGUAAGUAUUAAUCACCGUCUUCUCUUUCCUCCGCUUCAGCAUAGCCACGGCAGCUCGUAUUGUGGCGGCUGCUCGUCAAGCUGCAUCCAUUACUCGGAUCUCUUCUCAACAGCCUUUCCCUCAUCUUGUUCAACGCCAAGGUCUCGCUGGUGCUGCCGAUCACCAUGGGCCACCUAAGGUAAACCACUGGCAAGAACCAAUGAAUCCUGGUAGCUGGAAGGAAGAACAAUUUGUUAUCGUCUCCCUCUCUGGAUGGGGUUUGCUUAUAUUUGGAGGCUACAAGUUCUUUGCUGGGGGAAAAGACAAGAAAGAGGCACCAGAGAAGAAGUUAUCGAAUCGCAUGAGAGACAUCAAGGUGCAGAAGCUUGUCCUUAGUAUCUCUGUUGGUGAGAGUGGUGAUCGUCUUACUAGAGCUGCUAAGGUGUUGGAGCAACUCAGUGGCCAAACCCCUGUUUACUCCAAAGCCAGGUACACUGUCCGAUCAUUCGGUAUCAGACAUAAUGAAAAAAUUGCUUGCUACGUGACCGUCAGAGGAGAGAAGGCAAUGCAACUUCUUGAAAGUGGCUUGAAGGUCAAGGAAUACGAAUUGCUUAGGAGGAACUUCAGUGACACUGGAUGUUUUGGCUUUGGUAUCCAAGAGCAUAUUGAUCUUGGAAUUAAAUAUGAUCCAUCUACUGGUAUUUAUGGGAUGGACUUCUACGUUGUGCUUGAGCUCCCUGGUUACCGUGUUGCUCGUCGCAGAACCCGUGUUGGAAUUCAGCACAGGGUCACUAAGGAAGAUGCCAUGAAAUGGUUCCAGGUGAAAUACGAGGGAGCUGUUUUGAACUAUGCCCAAAAUAUCGAUUCUUAAAAAAAUGUUUAUUAUAUUUCGCAUUUAAAUUUUAUGUUUUUACCCACUUAGAAAUUAUUAGCACAAAGAUCUUACAGUAAAUUUUAAGAAAUAUUACAAGAAUAAUAUAUUGGACUAACCUUAUAUCAUUAGCAUUCUAACCAUGAUACGGAGAUCUAUUUUUUUUUCCUGUAAUUUGGUGAAUUUUUGAGUGUUGUAGCAAAAUUUAUGAGUUAUAACCUAUUAUUAUUUUGUUUGUUUUUA